AUGUCUGAGAAACCCCAAGCCGACAUGAUCGAGCCUAAGGGUGUCGAAGGGCACUACUUAGAGAAUGGCCUCGAUGCUACUGAACAUGUCGACCUAAACGCCAAUCUUGAAGCGAAGAUCAAGAAUCCUCUCAAGGGUAUUCCCCGUGAGCAGCUGAUGCGUGAUGUCGAAGCCUUCGCGCACGAGAAGGGUCUUGUCGAACACAUUCCGAUUCUACGAAGGGGUGCACUCGUCGCCCAGAACCCCCACGACUUCGACGACCUGAGUGGAGAGGAAGCUCUCGACGAAGCCGAGAAAAAGGCUCUCCACGAUGAAGUUCUACACCGAUGGCGCAUGCCUGCCCGACUUUUCUUAACUAUCGCGACUUGCUCUAUCGGGGCCGCCGUUCAGGGCUGGGAUCAGACCGGAAGUAACGGUGCUAAUAUCUUCUUCCCGGCUUACUACGGCAUCGGUGGCAGCACCACCAGAGAAAGACUGUUGGUCGGCCUGGUAAACUCGGGUCCUUAUAUCGGAAGUGCUUUCAUCGGAUGCUGGCUCUCGGACCCCAUCAACAACUGGAUCGGUCGUCGUGGUGUUAUCUUUGUCUCUGCUCAUUUCUGUCUCUGGCCUGUCAUCGGUUCUGCAUUCUGCCACACAUGGGAAGAGCAAUUGGCUUGCCGUCUACUAAUGGGUAUUGGAAUGGGUGUAAAGGCUUCAACUGUUCCUGUUUAUGCCGCUGAAAAUGCUCCAGCUGCGGUUCGAGGUGCUCUGGUUAUGUCAUGGCAGAUGUGGACUGCUUUUGGUAUCUUCCUUGGAACAGCCAUCAACCUUGCCGUCUUCUACCAUCCUCUCAACUGGCGACUAAUGCUAGGCGCUCCCUUUAUCCCAGCCGUCCCUCUGCUAUGCCUGAUAUACCUCUGCCCUGAGUCCCCUCGUUGGUUGAUGAAGAAGAAUCGCUACGCUGAAGCUUGGACCUCAAUGAAUAAGCUACGGAACAACCCAAUCCAGGUUGCCAGAGAUAUUUACUACAUCCAUGCUCAGUUGUCCAUCGAAAACCAGCUUACGAGCAAGAGUAACUACGUAACCCGUUUCACACAGCUCUUCACCAUCCCCCGCGUGCGCCGUGCCAGCAUCGCCGCUUUCACUGUUAUGAUUGCACAGCAGAUGUGUGGUAUUAACAUCAUCGCCUUUUACUCGACCACUGUCUUCGUUGAUGCUGGAUACAACGAUUUUCAGGCCAUGCUGUGCUCGUUCGGUUUCGGUCUCGUCAACUGGCUCUUCGCUUUCCCCGCUUUCUGGACCAUCGACACUUUCGGACGACGAUCUCUGCUCCUCUUCACUUUCCCUCAGAUGAUGUGGACUUUGCUUGCGGCCGGUCUGUGCACUCUGAUGGAACAGGGAACAGCGAGAACUGCGCUCGUCGCUCUCUUCGUGUUCAUGUUCGGCGCUUUCUACUCCCCUGGUGAAGGCCCUGUUCCUUUCACCUACAGUGCCGAGGUCUUCCCCCUCUCCCAUCGUGAGGUUGGUAUGGGCUUUGCUGUCGCCACCUGUCUGUUCUGGGCUGCUGUCCUCAGUAUGACAUUCCCCUUCAUUCUUGACAGACUACACACCGUCGGUGCAUUUGGCCUGUACGCCGGCUUCAACCUCGUAGCGCUUAUCAUGAUCUUCUUCCUCGUACCCGAGACGAAGCAGCGCACUCUCGAAGAGCUCGACUACGUGUUUGCCGUUCCUAACCGCAAGUUUGCCCAGUACCAGGUCACCAAGGCGCUGCCUUAUGGAAUCAAGCGCUGGGUCUUGUUCCAGCGCAACGCUGUGCUCGAGCCCCUUUACCACAAGGACGACGAGGACCAGACAACCCCCGUACGUGAGGACAAGAAGGCCUCCUCAUAA